UUUGUUUUUAAAAUUAUUAGAAAACGCGUUUCAAUUGUUAUACAUUUUACAUUUUGCACACAAGUUAAAUUGAAAAGUGUACAAUACGUAAUAGACCGAUGAUCAUAGCCUAAGAAAGAACUAUGCUGUGGUAGAGUGGUGGCUUAGGUUGAUUUAGCCCAUAAAACUUCUAAUCUGGGAUAAAAAUGGUGGCGUCCAAUAUGAUUGAUUCGCUUUUUCCAAAUUGUUUAUCCAAUGCGUAUUUCUUAGACAAGCUUAUAAGGCUUUAUCGUGCCAACGAAUGCCUAUGGAAUCCCAAGUCUCCUGGAUAUCAUAAUUUGGCACUGAAGACCCAGGCCUGGCAUCGCAUUUCAGUUCUUUUCAAUAACGAAUUUAAUAUUGGCGAAUUGAAAUCUAUGAUCAUCUCUUUACGGCAGUUUUACCAAAGAAAGCGUCUGAUGGAAACAAGGAAUAGACCACGGAAGCAUAUAUUGCCUCAGGAGAGAUUCUAUGAGAAACUGCAAUUUUUGAAUACCAGCGAGAUGGAGAAUUUCAAUGUGAAAAAUUUCAAAAAUCAACCAAUACACUGCAAUAGCCAAAUCAACUGCAGCGUUGAGGACACAUUUCUGCUGAGCAACAGUCAGAAGAGUAUUCACAGCGAACAGGUUGAUCUAGGAUUGCACUAUUCAUUGGAUGAAGAUUACACAAGAAUGGCAUCACUGGGAAUUCCAGAAAAUAAUAAUUCCAUUGAAUUGCCGAUUCCUCCUACCGAAUUUCAAGAAAAGAAACUAGAAAUCCGUGCUGUUUCCGGCAAUGAUCGUCCGCAUUAUAGAGACGUUGAAGAAUAUGAUGGAUACCGAAGACAUCGUAAUAGAGCUUUCAAGAUGCAAAGACGGAGUAGCAACUAUAGCACGGCCAGCCGCAGUAUUGCAAAUGAUAGUUGUAAAAGCAUACCAAGUAAUCGAACACCAAAGGGAAAGGUUCUUACUAGAAGAUAUGCUAAGCCAAACUCACGACAGAGACUUGUAGAAUAUGUGUAUGCAUGCAAAUUGAAUGGUGAUCGGCAGAACAGUCAUCUACAUAUCUUAAAUCCGAUAUUUGUGAAUGGUCUAUACCGCAGGAAAUCGGGAAAUGAUGACGAUGGUGGUGCCGAAUUAGAUGAGGAGUGCCGACCGCAUUGUACCUGUUGCCCAAAUUACAAGAAACAAAAAGCAAAGCCAAUUCCAAAAGACGAGUAUAUUGAAGAGGACGGACUGAAUGAAAAUGACAAUCGAGAUAAUGAUCAAGCGAGCUAUCAGCAAAGAAACAGCAAUCCAGAUAAUCAAAAUGAAAUGAGCUAUCAGAAUAGAAAUGAGAAUGAAGUUCCAACGGAAUAUAGGGAUCCAGAUCGUGAUGCAAUGCAACAAGAAAAUUAUGAUAAGUUCCAAUCUCCAGAGCCCACGUCAGAAGAUAAUCCUCCAAAAUGUUGUCGUCCCGAUAACUGCCCUGUAUUCAUUAGUGCAACUAAGCAAGCCUAUUCACAACGACAAGAUAAAUACAGAGAUGACAUCGAUGACAUAGUCGAUGAGCAGCCUUCACCGUCUAGGCAAAGUGAACAAAAAAACAGAUUCAAUUCAGAACCAACAGAAGAAGAGUAUAGAGAGAGAGAGGAACCAAAAGAGUCGAGUAGACGUGAAUAUAAACAAUCUUCUAGACAAGCAUCUGUAAAUACGAAUAGAACGGGAUAUGGUAGCAGAUCAGGACAGAAAGCAACACAUGGGACGAAGCUUUAUUGUACAGCAAAUAAAAAUCAUAUGCAACAAGGCAAAAUGUAUGUAGACUGUCCAUAUAUAAUUCAAAAUCCUAGUGAUCGAGGACAGAUGAGUCCGCGAAGAGGAACUCGAAAUACCUAUCAAAGCGAGUACGUUGAGAGACGGAUCGAUUAUAGAUCAAAUCGAUCUUCUCGAAAUAGGAGUGAACGCGACGGAUAUGAGUCUCCGAUUUCAAGGGGUCGUCAAAAAAAUGAUCAGAAUGAUGAGAGGUUUUCAGAAAAUUCACGAUAUGAUAAUUCUCCACAUGCGCAAAUAAGGUCCAGUCAAGAUUCAGACGGCAAUAGCUUUUCGAAAUAUACUGCGAGAACUAGCACAAUGUCAAACCAACGAAAGUAUUUAUCUGAAGAGGAUAUAAUUGACGAUGAGGAUCAAGAUGGAGAAAGCCCAAGAAAUGGAAGCCCGAUAAACUAUGAACCAAGGCAACCAAUACUAGAGGAAUACUUAAAGGAUGACGAUUGUACGUGCUCGACGGAUGAAGAAUAUGAUGAAGACAACAGAAGUGUGGUUCCAACUGCAGAUCAGUAUCCUCAAGGAAACGAGAAUCAAAUGCAUGAAUAUCAAAGAGUUGAUUGUCCCUGCGAAAACUUCCAAGAAGUUCCAAGAAGUUAUCGACAGGAGUACAAAGAUAAUAUAUGUGAAUCUCCAGAGUCUCCCAAGCGACGUUCUAAAGAUAGUCGCAAAGGGCGAAAGGACAUAAUCGAAUACUGUUUAAAUGAUUGUCCCCAGUCAUGCGAUGAGCUGUGUCCAAAUUAUGUAUACGAACAAGAGUACCGGCAAUUCCGAUCAGAAAAGUCUCCCAAACAAUCAGGUGAUAGCUACAAAAGACUGCCUGAUGAGAGAAAUUCAAAAUAUGACGAUGAAAGUACCAGUUCACCUAAAAGGAGAUCCCACUCUAAUCGUGAUGUUUCUGUUGAAACAGAAUAUGAUAUGAACUUCAAUAAACGAGGGAAUGCCGAAGAUGCAACUGCAAGAAGUCGGGAGCAGUCUAAAGUUUCGGAAAGUGUUGUUGAAAAUGAAAAUGACACAACAAAUGCCAAUCAGACCCAGUCUAAAGCUUUAAAAGUAGCAAAGAAAAAAAACUUGCUCUGCAAGUGUGUGCCCGAUAAACAGCCAAAGCCCAAAGGUAAACAGCGAUCUUCGUCACCAGCAGGAGGCAAGUGCACUUGUAGUGUGAAGCGUUUAUCAAAGUCUGAGGACAUAGAAGACGAAUUACAGAGCGAGGUCGUCAAAAAGCCCAGAAAAUCCCCCCAAACGUCAGAAGAGCCAGGACCGCAUGAAAAGCGUGUCAAUCGACAGCCAUCGGGUUAUGAGUCUCGGCUACCUAAUGCGGGUAACAAACUUCGUGGCAUGUCCGUGCUGGGAACCUUUCAGGUGCCACCCGUGCUGGCCGAGAAGACCAUAAACAUAGUCAAGAAACACAUUACUAAAUUGAGUCCGAUGCUUGUCGAGCAAGGGACAACCAAGUUGAUGAUGAGCAACUCGUAUCAGAAUUGCAUCAGACCCGUGUUGGAAGAAGCGCUGCCAAAAAGUAUGGCGAGUACUAAUAAAAUUCCUGUUGGGUUCACAAACUCCGCACCGAGCCGUGAAAUGAAAGGUCCAGUGAUGGCGCCCAGUAAUCCAUUUCGUAAUAUAAAUUUUAAUGUUUCAAAGAGGAACAUCAUUAUUUUGCAUCCACCGGCAAAAGACUUUCGUCCCUCUAAAAACUCCUUUGACCAGGAUGAAGUUGUCUCUUCUGAGAGACACGAACAUGAUGCCACCAAAGUAACCGAUGUAUAGAAUUAUUUGCUAAACUUCCAAAGCCAACCAGACCUCAUACCAUAGCUAUAGACGCCUUUCACACCAACCCCAUAGCUGCAUAAAAUGACACUAACUAACUGAAGA